AAAAUAAAGACUUGAAUAAGAUGAUUAUAUAAAUAGAGGACGGUAGGGAAGUAUAGGAAGGCAUAGAGAAGAGAAAAAGAAAAGAAAAAUAGGGAGAUAAAAGAAGAAAAGUGUUGUCUGAGUCUAGUCAUCCAGCUGAGUCUGAAGAAGAAUGGUAACAGGGUGGAGAAAGACGUUUUGCACAUCCAUGCCCAAAGCCAAUGCAUUAACCCACAAGCACGAUCCCAACCUCACUUUUUAUUCCAACCCAUCAACUCCAAACUCAGAUUCUUACAGCCCCAAACUUGAAUGCCGAACCACUUGCUCCCUUCCCAACAGCCCCAGUCAACUUCAAUUGACCAACAACACCACUCUUACACUUACUCCCUCAACUUUCUCAUACCUUCUCAAAUCCACCUUACGCCUUUCCAAGAACCGAUGUGGAAUAUGUACGCAGGGGGUCAAAGCUGGACAAGGAACCGCAAUUUUCACAGCGGAGUGCUCUCACACCUUUCACUUCCCAUGCAUCGCUGCUCACGUGAGGAUGCGCCAGCUCCUCACGUGUCCCGUAUGCAGUGCCACCUGGAAGCAGCUUACCGUAGCAGAUGAAAACACCCCGCCGCACCACAACCAACACGCCAAAACGACGCCGUCCGUUAAGCUCUACAACGACGACGAGCCCCUUGCCUCUCCAACCUCUGUUUCGGCCUUCGUCCCCAUACCUGAAUCCGGAGAAGAAAACGAAGGCGAAGAAAAUCAAAUAUCAACGCAUUUCCCAGGCUUCCAUGUGUCCCCAUCUUCGCCGUUGAAAACCAGAAGAACGGUUGAAGUGUGCUUCUCACCGGAAGCUGCUAUUGUUGCCUCUAACAGAAGCUAUGAUACCUACGUCGCUGUUCUCAAGGUGAAGGCUCCGGCGUGUGAUUCGGCGGCACCUCGUCAGCCGAUUGAUCUGGUAGCGGUGAUCGACGUCGGCGGGGUCUCGUCCGCCGAGGACCUUCGAGCGCUCAAGCGUGCGAUGCGAGUCGUGAUAUCGUCGCUCGGCUCCACCGACCGUCUCUCUGUCGUGGCGUUCUCCGGCGGAUCCAAGCGGCUGUUUCCAUUGCGGAGGAUGGCCGGAAAGGGCCAGAGGGCCGCGCGCCGAGUCGUGGAUGCUCUUGCUGCAGUAGAGCGGAGCCGCGGCCGAGCUCCGUCGAGGAACGACGCCCUGAAGAAGGCCGCAAAGGUUCUGGAAGACCGGAGGGAGAAGAAUCCCGUUGGAAAGAUCGUGCUCAUCUCGAACGAUAGUGAGGACCGCCUGUUAUCUGCCACGAGUUUCUCUCAUCUUGAAAUAGCAGAUCGCAACUGCGCGUGUUGGCAGGAUAGCGCGCUGGCUCAGCGAGUAGGGAAUGUGUUGAAUUUGGCAGCUCAGGACCUUAAACUCGAAUUGAGAGUGUCGUCGCGUUCAUCGCCAACGGAGAUUGCUGCCGUGUAUUCUGUUUCUGCGGGUGUUCUCGUUCUCUCACCGGAUUCCGUCGUCAUUGGAGAUCUCCACGCCGAAGAAGAGAGGGAGUUAGUGGUGGAGUUUAGAGUCCCAGCCGGAACCAUCGCCCGUGGGACCUACCACCACAUCAUUUCCGUACGUUGCUCACACCGCGACCCCUUCACCCAAGAGCUUGUUCAUUCAAAGGAGCGUGCCGUCAGGGUUCCGCGUCCUCAUGCCGUUGGAUCUUCGGAUACAACAAUAGAACGGCUGAGAAGUCUCCACAUCAGCAGUCGAGCUGUAGCCGAGUCAAGACAAUUGUCGGCUAAAAAUGACUUGGCUGGAGCCGUUCGCUUGCUCUCAUCAGCUCAAACCCUGCUGAUUCAGCCAAGCCGUGAAUCAAAUUGCCCCAAAGACAAUGAGUUCCUGCAAUGGCUUGAAGCUGAACAAGGCCAGCUGAAGCGCCAAAUUCAGAGUCAAAAGUCGUGUGCAAACAAUUGCUUGGAAGAGAAGCUGGAGCCGUUUACACCAAUGUCAGCUUGGCGUGCCGCAGAGCGACUUGCAAAAUUGGCUAAGAUGAGAAAGUCCAUGAAUAGAGUCAGUGACCUGCACGGAUUUGAGAAUGCCAGAUUUUAAAUGUAAUUUUCAUUUGUUUCCGAAAAAAAUAUAAUAUAGAAGUUAUAUAUAGUUUUUGUAUGUAAAUAAAUAAAUAAAGAAAUGAGACUAUUUGAUUUUAGGUUAAAGUUUUGUAGCCAUUGUUUUCAUGUUAUGUAUUUUCGCUAUCGUGAAAUUGCAACUGCCGUUUGGGUCUGAUCUCUGAAGAAGGAGAAUGAUAUAAUUUGCUUUAGCAAUUUCGUACGUCUGCACGAUGAGCCAUUAAGUUCUUUUGU